AUGGAGAUGGUUCUGGGCGAUCAACUUGAGCUUCAUCUGCUCCAGGGUUGCUGCUUGGAGGCAGAAAGGGCGGACCUUGUUGCAGCUCAACUACUUGGGCUUCACAAUGUCUUACCCGAUGGCAAUCAUACUCAUCUCAUGAUGAUCAUUGAUGAAAUCAGAGCCUCGGGCCAACUGCUUCCUCCUCCUCCUAUCCGUCUAAACUCCACUGCUCAACUCGAUGCGGUGUUGGACGAAGACUCGAGCACUAUGGCGGAUAUACACUGGUCUGAAAAGAUUUUCUCUCUACCUCUACCAUCUCGAACUGAACUCAAACAUCAGCAGCCGUCUAAAGCAUGGGGGCCGCUUGUCCCUUGGGGCCAUAUUCAGAUGCCCAGUGAUGCAAGAAUCCUAUUUAUGCGCUCCUUUAACGAACGCCAAAUAACUCUGGUAGCGUAUGAGAGUGCACGGGACAAAUGUCCUUAUUUUCUCUUGCGAACUUUCCACAUGGGCAAUCCCUGGUUCUCCCUUCUUGGAGCACAUGAGCUUUGUGUCAAACGCAACGGAAGCUGUCUUCAGUUCUGGCGAUGGGAUGCGAGCGAGCAAUGCACCAAGAGGUGGGCCAACCUUUGUUUCUUGACAUGGGAAGAAAUGGUUUUGGUAUACUGUUGCUUUCUAUCAUUCAAGAUUCGUGACAGUCUCACCAUUCAACUUGCAAAUGAAGACCUCAGUCUUUGGGGUGAACGCAAGUUAUUCCAAGCACGAAUUACGGACGACGGCUUUAUGCAUUCACUUAUCGUCUAUGAGGACUUUGUCACCAAAGGUCUCAGACUACAUGCUGCAGUUUGGGAAGGAGACCUACGACAGUGUCCUGUCUGGACAGCUUUCAUUACACAUCAAUCGGCUUCGCCAAGAUGGAUUAAGAGAGUGAGCAAAACCAGAGUUCGCCUAGCCGACAUUCACCUCUAUGUCUUUUGCCAGGAAUAUCGACAGCAAAACCAACGUAUUAACCGUUCCGGAGCAUUCGAGAUCCGUGCAGAGACUUACACAUACACAGCGGCCAAACGGUUUAAAGAACUCUUCUCCCCUUCGUUUACGGACGAUAGCACAACGACAGACACGACGGCCUGA